UUGAUUCAUUAAUGAACGUGCCCAAAUUAUUUUAAGCAAUUGUUUAGUAAAAACUUUCACAGCAUAUUUUUUCAGAAAAACUCGCGUACUUAUAUCAAUCAUUGAAAGUUAUAAGGAAAAUAACUUUAAACAAAACAUCAAACAGAACGGUGUACCAGUUUAAGAUCUCGCCAAUCAAAGCAACCAUGAGUUCCUCCAGCUGGAAUCAGGAAACAAAACUAAAAUUGAAAGAAAAAGUAACAGCAAAUGUCAACGAUCUUGGAUCCCUUGUUCGACAUGUUAUCCGUUCAUCUAAAAGCAACGAGUUACUGAGUCAAGCUGCCAAAAAUUUCUCUUCACAAGAGUCAUUCAUCCAUAACUCUUCAGAGACAUUAAAAAAGAUGAACCUGAUUAAAACCCAGUUUGAAUAUCAACAAACCGCCAUUGAAAGAAGUGUGGCUAGUCUAGAAGAAAUACAAGACCAGCUGAAGACACUGCAAAGAUGACAGCUCCUUCAUAAUUUGCUGCUUAAAGACAUGUUUAUGUACCCUUUACUGUGUGUGUGAUGAAAGGGGCACAUUAGAAUGAUCACAAGUGACUAUUGUUAACUGCAGAGAGUUCAAAUUCAAAUUAUUUACGCUAUUUUAUCAAAUGGGUGAAUGAAUCAAGUGCAAUAUAUUUCCAUAUCAUAGCUGCAUGUAUUUUCAUUUUAUUUCAUUAAGAAGUGGUAAUUGGAUGCAAUUGCGAAUUCAAGGGGUGGGGUGGGGGCCACCCGGCACAUGCCUCCAUUAAAUCAUCCAAGUUUACUUUGUAUGUUAAUAUUGAAGACACUUUUUUUUUAAAUAAAAUACGCUCAAAAUGCAUUUUUUUCUCCCAAGAAAUUGUUCAAAUUUUCUUGGGGGAGAACCCAACACCUCUGCCUACAUUUUAAACCCUUUUAAUUUCGGGUUUGAGAGAGGGGAGAAUGUCAAAAGGUUUUGCCCCCUAAGUUACGCCCCCUCUUAUGUCAAUUCCUGGAACUGCCCUUGGGAUGAGUAAAUUGUUAGAAUAGUAUUUAUAUUUUAUAUAUACUCAUAAGAAUAAGCUGAGAUUUGUUUAUUAUAAUAUUAAUGAUACCAAAUUAAUUAAAAAAAGUGUUAGAAUAAUUAACUGGAGAAAGUAUGAAUACUUGUAAUUGCUUGUUUACUAAGGCAAACAAAAA